ACUAGUUUCUAAGCUUUGCUACAAAUGCUUAAAAACUAGUCAUUUUUUAAUCUCUCACGGAUUGCCAAUCCCCAAACUUACUCUAAAGGGGAAGAUAAGAUCUUGUGCCCUUUUAUGAUCUUGUUAAAAACCAGCUCGACAACCAUUUCUUUAAUGCACUUUGUGCCCUCCUGCUCGACAAUACAUGCACUUGCACAUUUAGAUCUCUCCCCUUGUUUUCAAGUCCAAGGCCAACUCUGUUCUCUUCAUCUCUUGGAACAAUUGAAAAGAUUUCUCUCUCAAAAGCUUCUCUGCUGCAAUGGCAAUCAAGAUGAAGGGGAUCUUUAAAGGAAUCAGAUACAUCUUUGGCUCUGUUCAGAAGGAGCAUGAGAUGGAAAUAGGACAUCCAACAGAUGUGAAGCACAUUGCUCAUGUCGGAUUCGACAAUGCUCCUAAUGCUCAAGGAGCCUCGCCGUCUUGGGUAUCGACGUUCGAUAGAAUAUCUAAAAGGAAUCAGACUUUUGGUUUGAUCAAAUCUUGUGUUCAUGUUGUUUUUCAGAUGAAUAGCUACAAGACUUCGCGAGAUUUCUCCUCCGGCUCGCUCGGUAACUUCGAUUUCACAGAGAACUCUUGGGCUUCUUUAGAUUUUGAACAAAGGGAGCUUCAAUCUGCAGCAGAUCUUGAGAUUUUGACAGAGCAUCCAUGUCCAGACUUACCAAGAGCUCCUAAAAGUUCCAAAGGAAAAAAGAAGAAGGCGAAGUCCUCUUCCUCAACAAGAUCUUCUGCAGCAUCAACCGAUUCAUACUCCACUGCAAUGGAGGAUGUUGGUGACCAAUUCAGGGGCCCAUUCAGAAUUUAUGUAAAUUAGGAGUUGAAUAUGCUCAUCUUUUUGAAAAAUUAAUUCUUUGGUAGAGUAGAAGAUUAGUGUGCAGUGGGUGUGUAAUUACAUGAAAGCUUUGGGGGGUUAAUGUAAGAAGACAAGGUUGUGGCAAAGUAGUGCUCAUGGAAUUACUUGAUAAAUCAAUUUUGACUUGAAUCUCCUCGAUCGAUCAGCCAACAGCUCACGUUGGCUGGCAUCUCAUAAGUGGGGUUAGCUGACAAUCCAAUGAGGGGA